AUGGCAGGACUCAAAGACGACUGGGACUACGACCCCAACCGGUCGAACCCCUAUUCCUGCACCCUCUGGAUACCCACCGACCACGGCCGGAUACCCGCCGAAGCGACCGACGUAGAAGUAUGCCAACAAUACCAACUCCACAACCACAACUUCUGCGCGCUGCACCCCAACCUGCGAGCAAACUACCCGCCUAGCACCUGCACGCCCUCUUCUUCUUCCGACGACACUGGCGGCGACCCCGCCGUCUACUACACCAUCAUCGCCGGCGUCUUCGGCGUCGGCCUCCUCGCCGCCUGCAUCGUCACCGCCAUGCUCUUCGCCAACCGCUGGGGGCGCCGCGCUAAUAAGGGGGCUUCGUGUUGGUGA